UGAAGUGGGCGGCACCAAGACACAGUUGUCCUUAAGAUGAGUGAGUGCUUUGAUUGAGCAGCAUAACACACUAGGGAGAUUUAGCACUAAGACCUAGCAAGGACAAGUGUAGACACAGUGACUCCAGCUAGAGGGCCUCGUGUGCUCAUCCUGGAUGUCAACCACAGCGCAUGGAGAGACUCUCAGCCACAAACCAGCCUCACAGACAGUAGGUGGACAACUCAGAGCUGACCACAGGGAGUUGCUGUCUCAGCCUCUUCAGACUCUCCAGAAUGUUUAGCAUUGGAGGAAGAUAUUAACGUUACAACGAGCUGUUGUAUCAGCACUCUGUAACCCGAAGUGGUAGGUAAGCCACCCCGACAGAGCCCCGUUCUCCAGCUGGGUCACAUGCAGAGAGCCAUGAAGUUCAACCAGUGCGUGCUGCAGGACAUCCCUGGGAACCCUAACGACAACAAAGUGUGGAAAUGGCACAUUCAGGACCCAGCCAGCCAGAGACUGACAUGGAACAAGCCUCCCAAAAGUGUCCUUGUCGUUAAGAAGAUACGAGAUGCCAGUCUGCUUCAGCCUUUCAAGGAGCUCUGCAUAUUCCUCACUGAGGUGAAAAACAUGAUUGUUUACGUGGAAAGGAAACUUCUAGAAGACCCAGCCAUCGCGGGCGAUGAGAAUUUUGGGGUCAUCAUUAAGAAAUUAUGCACUUUCAGAGAAGAUCUCGAUGAUAUUUCCAAUCGUGUAGACUUCAUCAUCUGUCUUGGUGGAGAUGGAACAUUAUUGUAUGCGUCUUCACUCUUCCAGGAGAGCGUUCCACCAGUCAUGGCCUUCCACCUGGGCUCCCUGGGCUUCCUUACACCUUUCAAAUUCGACACCUACCAGUCUCAGGUCACCCAAAUCAUUGAGGGUAAUGCUGCCAUCAUAUUGCGCAGUCGCCUGAGAGUGCGGGUGCUGAAAGAGAACAGGGAGAAGAAAGCCAGGGUGGAUGAAAAGGGCAUCAUCAUGACCAAUGGAGACAGCGAAGGUAGCCGUAAAGCCAUGCAGUACCAGGUGCUGAAUGAGGUGGUAGUGGACAGGGGACCCUCCUCCUACCUCUCCAAUGUCGACCUCUUCCUGGACGGACACCUCAUUACCACAGUGCAGGGAGAUGGUGUGAUAGUAUCUACACCUACAGGCAGUACAGCAUAUGCGGUAGCGGCAGGUGCUUCCAUGAUCCACCCCAACGUCCCAGCCAUCAUGAUUACACCCAUCUGCCCCCAUUCGCUCUCCUUCAGACCCAUCGUGGUGCCUGCCGGGGUGGAGCUCAAGAUAAUGCUGUCACGUGAUGCCAGAAACACAGCGUGGGUUUCAUUCGAUGGAAGGAGGAGACAAGAGAUCUGCCACGGAGACAGUAUUACCAUCACUACUUCCUGCUUCCCCGUUCCCUCUAUCUGUUUCCGGGACCCGGUCAACGACUGGUUUGAGAGCCUGGCCCAGUGUUUACACUGGAACGUGAGGAAAAAGCAGAACUACCUCAGUUCAGAGGAGGACGACUUCUGAGGCCAACUCGACUCAGUAGAGGACUUCUUCAAUACCCCCAGGACAUCUAAAGUCUUAGUUUAAGUGCAACCCUAUCUGUGCCGCUUUGUCUUGUUUGGAGAGCACAUCUGUCCAGACUCCAUUUGAAAAUCAGGCUGGUUAAUGCUGACUUCCUUAUCGGCACCAACGUAUCUGGUAGGAUAUUACCUAAGGCAUUAUAUUAACCAUUAGGAUCUCCAUUACAUUCUGGUAACAAGUUUUUUUUGUUUUUUUGUGGAACAACAUCUUGGAAUAGCAAGCAAACUAACAGUAAAAGUUCUAGUGCUUUGGUGAUAAGCAAGACCACAAACAGUACCAAGUUUGUUAAAGCUAAUUUUUUAGGCAUAUCUUCUUCAUUAGAGGGACAGGGCGGAGAGAGUGGAUGACAUGACACAGACAUGGACCUGGACCUGGACCUGGACCUGAACUCAAACCCAAACCUGGGCUCUGAGUGCAGUGACUGCAGCUUGUAUAUCCGAUGUCAGAACUCUGGCGCACGACUUGACAAGUGUUCAUGUGCUUUGAUCAGAAGCAUUGCCCUUACAGCCCUUUGCAAAUCACAACUUGGGAACUCGGGCAGCAUUGAUUUUUCCUAGUUUCCAUCUUGGGAUUAUGAGUUCAAAGUGGUAUUCAUGUGCUUGUGAACUUGUGAAUACAAUGUUUCUGAUGAGCCCUUGAAGGCAUUUUUAGUGCUAAUGGUACAUGGCCCACACUCUACAAAAUGACACCCCAACACUGCCAGAUUUUUGAAUGGAGUUUGACAUGGUGUUAUCUUCAUGCACACAUCAGGGCAAGACAAGAAGUUCCAUUCCAUCCAAGAUCAUCUGUGAUUAGCGUUUUCACUUUAUGAAUAUAUUGAAUGAAAAAGGCAGCAAAAACUAGCCUUUUGUGGUCAGAAUGUGUUUUGCACAGUUCUCUAUCAAAAGAAAGCACAGAGUUCAGGAUGGUCUUGGGCUAAAAACCUGGAAGGUCAGCUGUGGAUGGCAGUUAUUGCAACGUUAGGUUGGUGUUAUCAGGUUCGUUCUAGCACUUUGUAAUCUUUUAUUUGGAGAUCAAUGGCUGUCAGGGACACACUACUACUUUUUAAAACUAGAAAACCUAGUUUUGUGAAUAGAGAUGAAGGCUUAACAGUUGCGCAUUUCUAUAAUUUUUUUUUUUUUUUUAAACGUGUUAACUAUCAAGAUCCUUUUCAAAUCAGGAAAGGAGGAACUAAUGUAUUGUAAUCAGUGAAACCUGUUGUCGUUUUUACUGUUCCUUGUAGAUAGAUUGAUCUUCAGGAAGAGUAGUGGCCCAAUUGUAUGGACUGUGCCUUAAACACUGGUAUAUUGUAUGUAAAUAUUUUCCAAGGUUUACAUAAUCUUAUUUCUUGAUCAUAUCCCUGUGCACAUCUGUGCAGAUUUCACCAUAACCAACAGUUUACUACUUUCUUUGCCAUCUUUCAGGACAGGCCAUUUGUUAGAACUGAAAUGAUGUAGUUUGUUGCAUAUCUGUUCGGCAGUCACUAUGUAGUGAAUGCAGUGUUUUUCGCGUCAAAAAUGCUAGCUAAUACAGUUGCAUUCCAGGUAAUGAGACCACUGCUUUAAGUUCUCAGCAUUAUUUUUCUUUGUUUUGAUGGUCCUCAAAGCCAUAGUUGAACUCCAUGUAGAUUUUUUUGACACGUGUUUGACUUUUAUGCAGUGUCGUCCUGUAAAGUCUAGAGGGCUUUUUUGUCACUGUUGAGCGAUUGCAGAUUUUGGCAUAUGUGUUCAAUCGGCUUGCUCAAAGUCUGAGUCUUUGUUGUGGUCUACCUUAAAUAUAUAAAUAUUUAAAAAAAAAAAAUUUAUUGGUUAUAUGUACAUUAUGAAUUGGCCAACAAAGUAGUCAGCUGUUCAUCUGAAAAGAUUUGCAGUUGUGUCAACUAAUGUAAGCAUUCUAGAGGACCAACUGAACUAUAAAAGGCAAUCAUUCCUUUAACUUUGGAUAUGUAUGUAUGAGAUGUAUUUUGAAAAGUCUAUAUGUUUAUUAACCAGUUUACAAUGUGUCAUUGCUGAAAAUAAAUCUAUUUGGUACUUUUGAUAUCACUACCUAUUCAAAUAGUAUUUUUGUUGAUGAAGGGUUACCUGUUUUAGCAAUUAAGCUUUUGGAAUUUCAGACUCAAAGGUAAUUUAAAGGUGAAUUUAUAUUUUCAGGCCCAACAGUAGAAGUUUUGUAAUCUGACAGAUGAGUGAAAUACUUGUACACUGGAAUUUAGAGCCAAAGCUUAUUCAAAAUGCAUUCCAAAAUAAUUUGAGUGCAAUUUGCAGAUUAAAUGUUUUUAAUCAUUCAUCAAAACAAAUGAGUAGUUAAUAGUAUAUUGCAACAUUGUUGCAAAUGUUGACCACUAUGUUGUUUGUUGAGCUGACUGCUCAGUUCAGAUGUAUGAGGCCAACUAAACUUCAGUUGUACUGCAGUCGGACACUGUAGGUGUCCGAGAGGGCUCAACUUUCGUCUUCAGGCAGUUUGGGCCUUACAGUCUUAUCAAGACAAUUUAAUGUGUUUUACACCGAAAUUAUGAAGAAACAGCUUCUCUAAUAGUACCAACAGUACAUCAGCCCACUGAGUAGAAGAUUUUUCUGUUGGAAAUUGUCUUCUCAUCAAGUGCUUUUCACAUUUAUUAACACCUGUAUCUAAGAGCCUUUAACUUUGACUUUUGUAAUGGUAAGUUUGUAAAUGUUUCUGAAAUGAAUUGCUAUUUUUUCCAGAGCACUUUAAUAAACCAAGAGAACCUUUAA